AUGCGCCUAUCCCAGACGGUGCAGCGCGGGCUGAAGGCGGAGGAGUCAGCCAGAAAGUCCGACGAGUCGCCCGUUACCAUCGCUGACUAUGGCUCGCAGGUGCUUGUGGCGUGGGCGCUGCAGCAGCACGGGCUGCCAGGCGCCUUCUCCAUGGUGGCGGAAGAGGACUCGUCCCAGCUGACGGCACCAGAGGGGCGGGGCAUGCUGCAGCGCAUCACAGCACUGGUCAACGCCACCAUCGCGGGCAGCAAGGCAUGGGGCGGAGGGGCGGUGGCGCCGCUGAGCGAGGCGCAGUUGGUGGCGCUGAUCGAUGCGGGCGGCGCGCAGGGAGGGAAGACCGGGCGCCACUGGGUGCUGGACCCCAUCGACGGCACGCGCGGCUUCAUGCGAGGGGACCAGUACGCAGUGGCGCUGGGGCUGUUGGAUGAGGGAGACGUGGUGGUGGGCGUGCUGGGCUGCCCCAACCUGCCGUGUGCGUCCAUAGCACGCGGGGUGGACGCCGCAGUGGCUACUGGAGAGCCCGUGGGGUGUGUGUUCUCCGCCGUGAAGGGCCGCGGCACCACCGUGCAGCCCCUGCAUGAGCCUGUGCCGCCUAGACAGGUGCAAGUGAGCGGGGAGAGCAACCCAGCCAUGGCUACGUUCUGUGAAUCUUACGAGUCACGCCACUCCAAGCACAACCUCACCGCAUCCAUCGCACAGGCGUUAGGCGUGAUGACACCCCCAGUGCGCAUUGACUCGCAGGCCAAGUACGGAGCCAUGGCACGCGGCGAUGCCGCCAUCUACAUGCGCUUCCCACCGGACGGAUACCGGGAGAAGAUCUGGGACCAUGCUGCUGGCAGCCUUGUCAUCUCUGAGGCCGGAGGGAAAGUUUGUGACGCAGCAGGGCAGCCCCUAGACUUCUCUCGUGGUAGGUUCCUUGAUUUAGAUACGGGUAUCAUUGCAACCAAUGCUUCACUCAUGCCUGUGCUGCUUUCGACUGUUCAGUCCGUGCUUAGCAAAUGA